GAGGAUGUUUCCAAGCUACAAAGUGAAAGUGACCGGCAUGAACCCCAAGACUAAGUACAUCUUGCUGAUUGAUAUCGUCCCCGCCGACGAUCAUCGAUACAAAUUCUGCGAUAACAAGUGCUCAUUAGAGUCUUGUCAGUUUAAUUUCAGUUCUAUUAUUCUUAAUUCCAUGCACAAAUACCAGCCCAGGUUGCACAUAGUGAAAGCGGAUGAAAACAACGCAUUUGGCUCAAAGAACACAGCUUUUUGCACUCACGUGUUUCCAGAAACCUCCUUUAUAUCGGUGACAUCCUACCAAAAUCAUAAG